AUGAGGCAAAGCGACGCGAGACGAAGCCUGGAUGAGGCGGCGCGACACGAUGCAAGGCACGGGGCCAGCCGCGUCCGCAACGCCGUCGAAGCGCAAGCAAGCGCAUGGGGCGGUCUGAGGUCAAGGUCAUCACCGGAUGAAUCUGCCGUCAUCGAUGAAUUCAAGACCAAUCUGCCCGCUGCUCAAGACGGGAGGGCAAUGCCAUCGCCGAAACACGGUGGCUGCGACAAAUAG